CGCCUGUUGUGGAGGACCGGAACCUCAGUGUUUACAGCUGAAGUUGGGACCAGAACUGGAUUUGAGUCCAGCUCCAUGUUUGGGGCUGCCAUUGGAACCAAACUUGAGGCUAGGAUAGGAGUUGGGAUCAGGUUCUGACGUGGGCUGAGCUUCAGAACAGCUGUCUCUAGCUGGAAGAGGUCGUGAAAACUCCUGUGACCUCUGCGGCUUUCAGACUCUGUCUGCCCCAACUCUCACUUUAUUCACAACUGAGGAGGUUCAGGGCCUCAGUUUCUGGAAGACUGCAUCAGUGCACCUUGCUCCACACUAUUGAAGCAACCUUGGUCCCUGUGAAUUACAUUCUAUGGUUGAAAGGUCCUUGGGAUCACCCGAUCCCAUUAGAUCCUCAUACACUCUCAGGGAUGCGAGAUUAGAACAUUUGAAUUCAUGAAGAGACUGCUACGACUCCCCAAGGUCGCUAAGCUGUGUAUUGAAGCCAGAUACUAAACACCUUGCUUUAGUGGUUUAGCUUCUUUUCCUGUUUCUGUGUUAAUAUGAAUGAUUAAACAGAGCUCUGCCUGGCCCUGCGAUAUUAAGAUAGGAGUCUACUGAGGUGCACCCACACCGCUCUGCACUGUGUGCUAGCUUUGAAAGCUACAGGGUGCAAGGCCUCCAGGGAGUGGCUCAGGGGUUAGGGCACUGAGUCAAACUUGGCUUAGUGGGGAGAGAGGAUGACUGAUUAAAAGAAGAGUUUGGCAAACCAGGCAUUUUCCUGGUUCUCUAGGACCUGCUUGGGCUCAUGUGUGCUCACAUACCCCACCCCUUGAAGCGCUGCCUCUUCUCGUAUCCACAGUGAUAGGCAAAACAAUCUCACGGUGAAGCCCUUUGGCUGACCUGCCACAUACCGACCUUGAAUUUUGAUUUCCUCAGGUUUAAACUGAGGAUGUUGGGAGUGGCGCAAAACCUCUACUAGGUUCCAGCAAUCGCUAGCUCAACAGGGAAAAACCCACACGAUGCUUGGUCUGUGGGCCCCCUCUUCUGUAAUCCCAGCACUUGGGAGGCUAAAGCAGGAGGAUUGCUAUGAGUUCAAGAUCUGCCUGUGGGCUAUCUGGCAAACCAUUUCAAAACAAACCAAAAAGUGUGGGUGGAGAUUUGGAGCUUCUGUUCCUGCUCCCCAAGAUACUUCUGUGCGGGAUACAUGUCCAAACAGAUUGUUGAUGCAUUUGCUUCUGGGUCUUUUUUGCCAACCCUGUUUUCACUGUCCUCUGAUUGGUGACCUUUUGGUAGAGCUGGAACACCAGUGUGAUAGAGUAAGAGAUCCAAGGAGAGCCUCCCUAAAGAUGCCUUGCUCCUCUCUGCCGUGUGGCUGUCUUAAUGACUUCUCUGAUGUUCCUCCCAGAGCCGGAGUCAGGAAGUACAGAAGGUUGGUUCCUGGAGCUGAUUGGUCUGGAUUCCCCAGAAGAAUCUUAGAAAUAAGGGGGAAUGCUCGCCUCCAACUGCCAAGACACUCACAGUGAAAAAUGGGGAUACCAGAUAGCCUGGAGAGGAGGCCCCUGUCCGCCCAGACCUAAACCUUUCCUAAACUUCCAAGCUGGGAUCUUUUGUAACCACCUUAAUCUCAGACUUAAGAGACAGAAGGAAGUGUGGGACAGCUCCACUCAUCCCUGGGGCUGUGGAGCGGCUGGAAGGAGAGACAGGCGUGCAGUAGCUGAGGGUUGUGAGAAGAUCUGGUAGAGCUGGCUGGUCAGGGACUGGCAGGUGGAGCCAGUUUGAAGGCCUGGUUGCUGAUGUCAUCUGUCUGCAGUCUGGGGUACUGGAAUCUUCCUGGCAAAAAUGAGUUCCAGGCCCAGAGACCAUUUCCACAAGCAAACCUGCUGGGUACCACAACUAAGCAAGCGUCUCCAGUUCCGAAAUAAAUCUGCCCUACAGGGCUGAGAGUGAAAGAGGAGCCCCUCUCUAUGCGCUCUGAACGUGCGAUGUGGCAAGAGUCAAGUUGGUGUGGGGUUCAUCGCCGAAAACCUUCCGUUUUCAUCUCAGGCCCAGGUCUGACAGGACUUGACCCGACCCCCUUCCUUAGCAUGAUCUCAGUUCCUAGAAAGGAGAAAGUUCCGCCCCUACUUGGGGACAACCCCCAGAGACUGGCCUCUUGACCGACAGGGGAUGAAGCAACCCUCCUACCCCUUUUCCCAGAAGCUCUGCCCCGCCUCCCCUCCCCUCAUAAGCCACUUACCCGGCCCGCCCUACACCUUCCACUCGCGUGCCUGCGUCCAGCCUGUUGGUCCCGUCCCAUACGCCCUGACCUGCUCCACCCGGGCUCGGGACCCAGUGGUGCCAUCCCCAACACCGCUGCCAGGCACAAUGGAAGGUCCUCGCUCAGACAUGGGCCGCUGGGGUGGGAACCCCUGGCAGCCCCCUACCACCCCGUCGCCGGAGCCGGAGCCAGAGCCAGACAGACGCUCGCGUUCCCGCCGAGGAGGAGGCCGCUCCUUCUGGGCUCGCUGCUGUGGCUGCUGCUCCUGCGGGAACAGAGCUGAUGAUGACUGGGGGCCUGAACCUUCUGGCUCCAGAAGCCGAGGGUCGAGCUCCCGGGGCGGCCGGAGACCCGAGUCUCGGGGCAGUGCUGUGAACGCAGCUGGAGAUGGCACCAUCCGAGAGGGAAUGCUGGUUGUGACUGGUGUGGAUCUACUGUGUUCACGCUCGGACCAGAACCGCCGAGAGCACCACACGGAUGAGUUUGAGUAUGAUGAGUUGAUUGUGCGCCGUGGGCAGCCCUUCCACAUGGUCCUCAUCCUGAACCGAGAAUAUGAGUCCUCUGAUCGCAUUGCCCUCGAACUUCUCAUCGGAAACAGUCCUGAAGUGGGCAAGGGUACCCACGUGAUCAUCCCGGUGGGCAGAGGGGGCAGUGAUGGCUGGAAGGCCCAAGUGACCAAGACCAGUGGACACAACGUAAACCUGCGCGUCCAUACCUCCCCUAAUGCCAUCAUCGGCAAAUUUCAACUCACUGUUCGCACACGCUCUGAAGCUGGAGAGUUCCAGUUGCCCUUUGACCCCCGCAAUGAGCUCUACAUCCUCUUCAACCCCUGGUGCCCAGAGGACUUGGUGUACGUGGACCACGAGGACUGGCGGCAAGAAUAUGUGCUUAAUGAAUCUGGAAGAAUCUACUAUGGGACAGAAGCACAGAUUGGCGAACGGACCUGGAAUUAUGGCCAGUUUGAUCACGGGGUGCUGGAUGCCUGUCUGUACAUCCUGGACCGGAGGGGAAUGCCAUAUGGAGGCCGGGGGGACCCAGUCAGUGUCUGCCGCGUCAUCUCUGCCAUGGUGAACUCCCUGGAUGACAAUGGAGUCCUGAUUGGGAACUGGACUGGCGAUUACUCUCGAGGCACCAACCCCUCAGCGUGGGUGGGCAGCGUGGAGAUCCUGCUUAGCUACCUACGCACCGGCUAUUCUGUCCCCUACGGCCAGUGCUGGGUCUUUGCUGGUGUUACGACCACAGUGCUGCGGUGCCUGGGCCUUGCUACCCGUACUGUCACCAACUUCAACUCCGCGCAUGACACAGACACGUCCCUCACUAUGGACAUCUACUUUGAUGAGAACAUGAAGCCACUUGAGCAUCUGAAUCACGAUUCCGUUUGGAACUUCCAUGUGUGGAAUGACUGCUGGAUGAAGAGGCCAGAUCUGCCCUCAGGCUUUGACGGGUGGCAGGUUGUGGAUGCCACACCCCAGGAGACCAGCAGUGGAAUCUUCUGCUGUGGCCCCUGCUCCGUGGAGUCCAUCAAGAAUGGCUUAGUCUACAUGAAGUAUGACACGCCCUUCAUUUUCGCCGAGGUUAACAGUGAUAAGGUAUACUGGCAGCGACAGGAUGAUGGCAGCUUCAAGAUUGUGUAUGUGGAGGAAAAAGCCAUUGGCACGCUCAUCGUCACAAAGGCAAUCAGCUCCAAUAUGCGGGAAGACAUCACACACAUCUAUAAGCACCCAGAAGGCUCAGAAGCAGAGCGGAGGGCUGUGGAGAAGGCUGCCGCCCAUGGCAGCAAACCCAAUGUGUAUUCCACCCGGGACUCUGCUGAGGACGUGGCAAUGCAGGUGGAGGCACAGGACGCUGUGAUGGGACAGGAUCUGGCAGUCUCCGUGGUGCUGACCAAUCGUGGCAGCAGCCGCCGCACCGUAAAGCUGCACCUCUACCUCUCUGUUACCUACUACACUGGUGUCACUGGGCCUACCUUCAAGGAGACCAAGAAGGAAGUGGCACUAGCCCCAGGAGCCUCGGACUCUGUGACCAUGCCUGUGUCCUACAAGGAAUACAGGGCCCACCUCGUGGACCAGGGGGCAAUGUUGCUCAAUGUCUCAGGUCACGUCAAGGAAAGUGGGCAGGUGCUAGCCAAGCAGCACACCUUCCGUUUGCGUACCCCAGACCUCUCUCUCACGUUACUGGGAGCAGCAGUAGUUGGCCAGGAAUGUGAAGUACAGAUUGUGUUCAAGAACCCCCUGCCCACCACCCUCACCAACGUCGUUUUCCGGCUUGAAGGUUCUGGGUUACAGAGACCCAAGGUCCUCAACGUUGGGGAUAUCGGGGGUAACGAGACAGUCACACUGCGCCAGACAUUUGUGCCUGUGCGACCAGGCCCCCGCCAGCUCAUUGCCAGUCUGGAUAGCCCACAGCUCUCCCAAGUACAUGGUGUCAUCCAAGUGGACGUGGCCCCAGCUUCUGGAGGCGGUGGUUUCUCAGAUGCUGGAGGUGACAGUCGCCUAGAGGAGAGCAUACCAAUGGCAUCUCGAGGUGGAGCUUAGCCCUGGGCCAGGAGCAAUGGAACUGGAAUCAGAUGAACAAGGACAUUACCCCAACAUGGGGGACCACCACAAAGCAGCUCCCCAGGCUCAGGCAGGAAGGCUGGGGCACCUGGGGAGGCAGUCGAUCUUCACCUGUGAUGAUAAUAAACUAUUGUUUCUUUUUUUUUUUUUUAAAAAAAAAAAGAUUCUAUUUAGUA